UAUCCGGAAGCCGCCCACGAAGCGCUCGCGGCCAUCACGGACGUGUGCGUGCGCUACCUCAUCGCUCAGUACGAGGCCGGCGCGCAGGCGCUCCAGGUCUUUGAGAGCGUUGGCGCCGAGUACUUGACGCAGGAGCACUAUUACGAGUUUGCCUUUCCGUACCUGGCCGAGAUUGCCGAGCGAGUGCGCGCGGCCGUGCCCGCGUCCGUGCCGCUCGUCGGCUUCUCGAAAGGCACGCAGUACGCGUACGAAAAGCUCUCGCACACCAAGUACGAUUGCCUCAGCCUCGACUGGCAGAGCGACCCCGCGACCGUCCGCGCCCAAGUCGGCGGCCGCGUGUCGCUCCAGGGCAACCUCGACUCGUCUGCGAUUUACGCGGCGCCCGAGGUCAUUCGUGACGAGGUUGGCAAGAUGCUGACCAAGUUUGGCACGCAAGGCUACGUGGCCAACCUCGGCCACGGCUGCGCGCCCGACUUUAGCCCCGAGCACGUCGACACGUUCAUCAAGUCGGUGCAGCAGCUCUCGCUCGACAUGAACUCGGCCUAA